UUGAUCGUGGGUUCCCGGGCAGGUCCUCUGUUGUAGCGCUCUCUACUCUGGGAGCUUUGGUGCUUUUAGCACAGGUCCAGGGGCAGGAGGAACUAGUGUCGGGCCUUCGGCACCUUCUUACGUCUUGAACAGGCCAGUCCCCGAAGGGUUAGGCUGAAGCGAGCGCAGGCUGUGUCCAGGUCCAGCGCCUUCAUGGUCCGUCUCUAGGAACAGCCCUGGAGAGGCGUGGAGGGGAAGAGUGCGAAGCUUGCGGGUCAUCUACCUGGCCCAUUCCGGAUUUCCAGGAAGCUCCGGAGAAGCUGUCCUCCUGCCCUGUGAGGAGACUUGUUCGAACUCAGGCUGGCUAUGAAGAGCGACGUCUCGACUUCUGCAGCCCCUUUGAAAGGGCUCGUGGGCCCUCUGCGGAGCAGCGAGCCCGCGCUCGCCCUCCCGGCCGUGUCACCCGCGGUGCACCUGCUGGAAGAGGCGGCCGACCUGUUGGUGGUGCACCUGGACUUCCAUGCUGCACUAGAGACUUGCGAACGAGCCUGGCAGAGCCUGGCGGAGGAGCCCGCGAGUGGCACUGUUGAGGAAGUGAAAUGCUCCCUGUGUGUUGUGGGGAUCCAGGCUCUGGCCGAAAUGGAUCGAUGGAGAGAAGCCCUGUCCUGGGUCCUCCAGUAUUACCAGGUUCCCGAGAAGCUGCCUCCCAAAGUCCUGGAGCUGUGCAUCCUUUUAUACAGCAAAAUGAAAGAGCCCGGAGCUGUGCUGGAUGUGGCCGAUGCCUGGCUCCAAGACCCAGAUAACCAGGGCCUUCCUGAGUAUGCAUCACUGGCCCAACUCCACCUGUUCCGGCUGCUGCUACCCUCGGGUCGCUUGUCAGAGGCUGAGGCGCUGGCAGUGGGCUCUGCGGCCUUCAGUGAGGAGCAGAGGCUAGAAGUGCUCCAGACCAUCCACACCGCAAGACAACAGCACAUGCAGGAGCACUCGAACUCCCAAGAGCCCCAGAAGCUGAGCCAGGAAGGUUCAUUCUCCCGUAAGCUGCUAUCACUGCUGAUCCUGCUUCGACGGCUUUGGGGCUCUGCGGUGAGCCAUCUCCUCUCCCAGCCCUUCAGAAAGGGCCUCCUGGCUGCCUUGAUCCUCUGUCUCUUGGUUCUACGGUUUGACCCAGCAGCUCCUUCUUCGCUGCCCUUCCUCUACCAGCUGACUCAGCUCUUCCGCCGGAUCCAGAAGGCCACACUUUCUCGGCUCUACCCACUCGCCCUCCGGGACUGAGAGGUCCUACCUGGCUGCCUCUACCUCUUAUAAUCCAUGUCUACAGAAACAGAAAAGUUGAGCCUAGUGGCUGGGUCCCAGAUGGCACUGUGGGAGUGGGCCCAUUCAUUCUAGAAACAGUGACCAAGGCAGGUGAGCCAUGGCUUGCUGCCUUUGAACCCUCCCUUUGGUAUCCCACUGUGGCUGGCAUCAAAGGGAGUGUGGGAACAGUGGAGCCCGAGGCCCAGCGUGCAAGUUGCCCAGUCCACUGCAACAGCUCCUUGAAAAGGGGGUGUUUAGGAGCAGGAGACAUUCUGGUUUCUUGACAAAGGCAGAGGGUGACUUUCCAGAUCAGGUGCCAAGGGAGCUGGCAGUUACAGACGUGUGACUGUAAUGGCCCUUGGCCAUUUAUCUCUGAAAACUGCUGCACAGCUCAGUAUUUGAAUUUGAGUAAAACCAGAGGUCCCUCCUCCUCUGCACCCCUCUCCAUACCCCUCCCCCAUACUCCUCCCACAGAUGCUGGAAUCAGUCCACCAUCCCCUCCCACUGGUCCGGCAGUGAGGCCCAGAGGCUUUCUUCUAGAGGCAUUUUGCUGUUCAGACAGGAUGUGGCUUCUGACCCACCCAGGUGGCCACUGGGAGCAAAGUGAGCCUGCCUGACCUUAUCUCUGGGGAAUGUGAUCUUUCUUGGUGCCGCUGAGUCUUAGCUCAGUUUUCCAGCAUGCCAGGGGCCAAGCGCUGCUCUCUGGGACCCAGUGUCUUAUCACUGUACCCCACCAUCUUUUGACCUGUCCAGCCAAUUGUGUCUCACCACUGUCUCUCCUUGGUCCUUUCUCUGGGUCCUAGUCAUAGUCUGUUGUUUGAAUAAUGCCCAAGUUUCUCGGCUCAUGUGGUGUAAAAGUAGGCCAGGCUCAGGGCUGAGAGCUGAAAAUGGA